AUGUCCAAAGAUACGUCAUUCUCACUUUCUGCUAUUGAAGAGCAUUAUUUGAAGAGAGAAUUGUUGAAGUAUCAAUUUUAUCAAGAAUUAGAGCAAUUUAAUGAUAAGAAUGCCCUACGUCACUUUGGAUAUCCUUUUACUAACGAGGACCCAAAACAGGCAAGGAAUUCCAAAUCUGCAGAGGGUGACUCUAACAAGUUAACUGAAUUAAUUCGUUUAGAUGCUGAACAAACUGACUUUCCCAUGUCAAGCUAUAUUCUAAGAAAUUUCGUGAUGACAUUUCCCCUAUUAUCGAAGAAUAUGGCAGUUGAUGAAUCAUUUUGGCAGAAUAAAGUUCAGGUUUUCUUUGAACAUUUCAUGGGCUUGGGUUUUAGUGAAAGUUACGAUAGAGAAGAAAUGACGAAGAGAAAGAAAAUAUCGACGAAGUUAACAAAGAUUAUUUUGCUGUUGUUCAACUCUGGUAUUGGAUCAUUGACUGAAAAGAUUUAUUAUACUAAUGAUAAAUUUAUAUUGGAGAAAGAGAAUGCCAGGCAGAGAUCAAAUAUUGAAGCUUUUGCACUGCCGACUAAAGAAACACUUCAAUAUUUAGUGACCAAUGAAACAGUCUUUAUUAAUGACUGGGACAUUAACGUAGUCGCUGUCGUCAAAGAGUCAGAAUUGUUCAAUAAGGAUAAAAGAACACCAAUAAGCUCAACACCCUCAUCAAGUAAAGUCACAUCAAGUUAUGCAUAUUAUGCCAACAAAUCGAUGAAAGGUAUUUCAUCAACUUCUAAAUGGAUGAAAAAUAAUCUUGUAAUGCCUACAUCGCCGACAGCAUUAUUUUCUAAGCUGUCUAUGGGAACUUCCAAAGGAAAUGGAUCUUUAUCGGAGGAUGCUAUUCCCACAAAUAGUCGUUACUUCCUUUUGAAAAUAAAGCAUAAGUCGAAUCCUGAUAAGGUAAUUUAUACCGCCAAAUCUUAUCAGCACUUCAAACACCUUUCAUAUAGUUUGAAAAAGGAAUAUCCAGCUAAGAAACUGCCCAGGCUACCACAUAAGACAAAGAAAUCGAUAUCGGUAGUAACACAACCCGAAUUAGUAACAACUGAACAAAGACCAAUCACCCCUAAAGAUAACAUAAUUGCCAGUUUUGACCAUGAUGAUACUCCAUCACAAACAAGUUCCGAAGCCUCCUCUUCAAUCUCUUUACCUGAUCGAGUGCAGAAGAGUAACAGCAACCUCAUUAAUAAACUUGAUCUUGACGCAGACACUAGUGAUACAUUAUUCGAUGAAUUGAGUGUUGAAGAGGCAGAUGAUACCGAUGAGCUGAAUUUUGAGGAAUUUAAGGAUGCGGUAGAUUCAAAGACUAAUAAAUUAUCAAGUGAAAGGAUGAGAACAUCUUUGAGACAAUACUUGCGGACACUAUGCAAGGACAACGAGAUAUCCUCUAGCUCUACAUUAAGCAAAUUUUUCACAAAAUCCAAAUUGGACCAAGCAUUUUUUAGUCCUGAUGUAAAACGGGAUAUUAGGAACAGGCAAUUAGUGGAUAUUACUAAUUUAGAAAAUCAAUUGAAAUUUCAGAAGGUAGCCUUGGAAAAAGCACUUGUCCUUCAAGAGUCAAUGAACGUUAUUAAAGAAUCUUUAUUAAAAGACGAAAAUUUCUUAAAGGACCUUCUAAAUGAAAUCAAAUUAAAAACUAGGAUUUCCGAAUUAUCCCCAAUGCUACAAGAUUUUGUGGACUGGUGUAAGAUAUAUUUGUCGUCCAUCAUUUAUCAAAUGUUUCUUGGAAACGACAACAGUUAUGGGUUUUACACGCAAAUCCGUAGAUUACAUAAACUAAUGCCUUAUGCAAUUAUGGGUCAAAUUAUGCGAAUUACUAACCCAAUGGCCAUAAUGAAAGGUAUGAUGGAUCUUUUCAUGGCUCAACCAUUUGGGGGACAAUCUUUAUUGCAAAAGAUGUUCUCGACAAUUUUAACAGAUGAUUUAAAAAACCAAAAGUCUAUCAUCAAGACAUUAGAAGUAAAAUUAUUGAAUAGUGAUGAGGCAAAAUGUUCAACGGAAAUUAUUAAAUGUCUGAGAGAUGUCAUCUAUAAUGAGACACAAAAAAAUGUUGAUAUGAAGAAAAUUCAUUCGGAAGCUGAGUCCAUGAAUUUACCUAUAGUAGUUGUGGUUUUGAUGAAUUGUUCAAGUCUCAAACUGAUCUCCAAGAAUGCCCUUUCCGAGGUUCUGGAAUCUUAUGCUGAAUGGAAGUUAGAUACAGUAGACAAUGACAACGCUAGUCUAGAUGAUGCAACGAGCAUAGAAGAAGAAAAUAGGCUCGGCACAUAUUUUGCCCAUGUGAAGGAGCUUCUAAGAUUAUACAUAAAAGAAAGAGAUAAAAGAUUGAUGAGACAGUUAUGGCAGGACCCAGAAUUGUCGAGAUUAUUAAAAGCUACUAUAACUCUAAUUUAUGAACCAAUGGUUAGGAUAUUUAAGGUAGCCAGAGUUGAUAUUGCAUUAAAAAAUUUCGAGAAGUUUAUGACGGAUUUGAUUAAACUGAUUGAUGAUAUAAUCAAUGGGCAAUUAGGUACUACCACAGGGUUUAAUAUUGUUGAUAGUAUAAACAAUUUAGUUACCAAACAUCAGGAUUCAUUUUUUGAAUUUGUUCACGAUGUGUAUGUCCAUGAUACGGAAGGAAUUUUUGAGGGAUUUAUCACAUGGAUAUCACAUAUUAUUAAUUUUCUUCAACGCAGUAAAUACGGAUCAGAUGAGCAAAGAAUUGACUUUAACGAACUUUUAAAGAAGACGGAUGGUGUGGAUAAUAAAUUACUGCAAGAUCAACUCGAUACCUUCAUAAGAAAGAAAUUGGAAGCACGUAAGCUUUAUAAAAAGCUUGUUGAUGCCAAGGUGAAACAUGAAGAUGAAAUUUCCAAGAAAAAUACGUCCAAGACAAUGGCAAAAAAAUGGAAGGAUGUUGGAAACCUUGUAUUGUCAUCAAACACUAUGACAGCGGGGAUUGGUGAUGGGGAUUUGGUUGAUCUGGACUUGGAUUUGGGUGAUUACGAUUUCCUGCAAAAAGAUAUUGAUAUUGAAUUAGAGAAGAAAUACAAGGACUUGUUGAGUGAAGAGAUAGAUGAAAGUGAAAUUGAAAAGCUUGGAUCAAAAACUUUUGUAGAGACUUUGAGAAAAGCUUUGGAAUGA